AUGAGGGAGAAAGGGUGGUACUUCUUCUGCCAGAGGGACAAGAAGUACCCUACGGGGAUGAGGACGAAUCGCGCCACCGAGGCUAGCCACUGGAAGGCCACCGGAAAAGACAAGGAGAUCUUCCGGGGAAGAGGUUGCCUCGUCGGGAUGAAGAAGACGUUGGUGUUCUAUCGCGACAGAGCUCCCAAAGGAGAGAAUUUACUACUACUCCUUCCCCAAAGCUUCAAAGAGGUGCGAGUUGACACGAAAGCUGAGUCGGUCAGAUCCAUAAGUUUGCAGCAAUAA